CUUUUGUUGAUCUCUAUGGCAUCGGGAGCUGCGUCCUCGCAGUGGGUGGAUGGGGGCUGUUUAGCCCCCCCCGCUCCCGGCUCUCAACGGGCGACUUGAUAGCAGGGUCGUGUGAAGAUGCCCCUGGGUGAAUACACCUUCGUGCGGGCCGUGGGGAAGGGCAGCUAUGGGGAAGUGAGUCUGGUGCGGCACCGGCAUGACGGCAAACAGUAUGUUAUCAAAAGGCUGAACCUUAAACACGCCUCAAGCCGUGAGAGAAAAGCAGCAGAGCAGGAGGCCCAGCUAUUGUCACAAUUGAAGCAUCCUAACAUAGUCACCUACAGAGAGUCCUGGGAAGGUGAUGAUGGCUUGCUAUACAUUGUCAUGGGCUUCUGCGAAGGAGGGGACCUAUAUCAUAAACUAAAAGAGCAGAAAGGACAACUUCUGCCCGAGACUCAAGUGGUGGAGUGGCUUGUUCAGAUUGCUAUGGCACUGCAGUAUUUGCAUGAGAAGCAUAUUCUGCAUCGAGAUCUCAAAACUCAAAAUGUAUUCCUGACCCGUUCUAAUAUUAUCAAAGUAGGGGAUCUCGGAAUAGCCAGAGUGUUGGAAAAUCAACAUGAUAUGGCUAGUACUCUGAUUGGUACCCCUUACUAUAUGAGCCCUGAGUUGUUCUCUAACAAGCCUUACAAUUACAAGUCUGAUGUUUGGGCUUUGGGAUGCUGUGCAUAUGAAAUGGCCACGUUGAAGCAUGCUUUCAAUGCUAAAGACAUGAAUUCCUUGGUUUAUCGAAUUAUUGAAGGAAAGCUGCCACCCAUGCCAAAAGAGUAUAGUAUUCAGUUGAAAGAACUGAUAAGAACAAUGCUUAGUAAAAAGCCAGAGGAGAGACCCAGUGUAAGGAGCAUAUUGAGGCAACCAUAUAUCAAGCAACAAAUCUCUCUGUUUUUGGAAGCUACAAAGGCGAAAACAUGUAAAAAUCAUAAGAAAAUAUCUGAACCCAAACCUCAGGGAUCUUCAGAGAAAGCUGAAUUAAAGAAUGAAAAUACAAUACCUCAGAAGCUUCCUAAUGAACUUUCAAAGAAGUCCAACGGGAAGGAAGAUAAAUGUCUAAUCAACAAUAAAACAUUUGAAGUUUUUUCUUCAAAUAAACUAGCACCUGAACCUGAAAAAAGUGCAAGCGAAAACGGUUUGAACAGCUUAGAUGUCUCUUUGGCAACCAUGAGCAAAGUUGAUAUAGUUAUUGUUCCACUGGAAAAGAGAGACUCUACAACCGAACAGUUAGCAGAAGAUGAAGAAUAUGGAAAUGUACAUAUUCUCAAUGAAGCAGAAUCUGAAAGAGCAAGAAACGGCCCAGGAUUCAAGGAAGAAAGUUUACUGAAAAUGACAAAGCCUUGCCUGAAAACUGGAAAUGUAGAUACUAAGGAGAUAGAUUAUGGUGAUGAUACUACAAAAGUUUUGCAAUCCACUUCAAAGAUUCCACAUGCAAGCAAUAAAAGUCUGGACUCUACUGAGAAACUGCCAGUACCAAUUGUUCCUGUAGAAAUUUUGAAUGAAGCCUCCUGUGGAAACUCAGAAGAAGCUAAAGAUACCAUUCCACCCAUAAGCACUCCUUGUGUUCGGCCUCAAGGGUCUGUUCAUGAGCCUUCGUUGUCACGACAGCGACGACAGAAGAAGCAGGAGCAGUCUGAGAUCUGCUUGGACAAGAUUUCAGCAUUUGGUGCUCAACAACAGCCCCCUUUUCCUGAUGUGAAUGUAAAGACAAAAGAGGUUAACACGGACCAGCAGCAUGCUGCAAAAGUUCUGAAAAAGUCAAAAAGCAUUGAAGUAAACAAUCCCAAGGAUCGGCCGUUAUCAGCUCGAGAAAGGAGGAGAUUAAAGCAAUCCCAAGAAGACCUGCUUCCUUCUGGGCCUUCUGUAAGACAAGCAUCUUAUAAUGCAUCAACAGAAACAAAACUUUCAAGGGAAGACAGUUGUAUUAAGAUUGCUCAGUUUAUCUCAGAAACCAGCACUGAUAAGAAGAAAAGCUUAUCUGGUUGCUAUACUGAGGAUGAACUGAGCUCUUCUACAAGCUCCACAGAAAAGUCAGAUGGAGACUAUAAAGAAAGAAAAAGUAAUGAGAUGAAUGACUUGGUGCAGCUGAUGACACAAACGCUAAAAAUGGAUAAUAUCGAAAAUUAUUCACAAUUUACGAUGCCAGCACCUGAAUCACAAUUCAGGCUAAAUAGGAAAUACAGGGACACACUGCUCCUACAUGGGAAAGCAGCUGAAGAACCAGAUGAAUCUCAGCUUCGAGAGCUUCCUUCAGAUGUCCUGCCUGGUCCUCAGAAUAUUAGGAGAUUGGUUGAGAUUUUAAGAGCAGAUGUAGUUCAAGGAAUUGGAGUAAAGCUGCUAGAAAAGGUGUACGAUGUCAUGGAGGAAGAUGAUGAACAGAAAAGAGAGCUAUGUUUGCGGAAGCUCAUGGGAGAAAAGUACACAUCUUAUAGCAUGAAGGCCCGUCAUUUAAAGUUCUUAGAAGAAAAUGUGAAGCUUUGACAAAUACCUCACUUGAACUGUUCCUUCCUGGAAGAAAGACACUCAGUUUGUAACUGGAUUGAUUUUUAAAAUUUUCUUUGAUACAAUGACUUAGAAGAUAAACCUAUUCCUGUACUGUUUCUUGUUAUCUAUUGUAGAAUGUAUUUAGCUUAUCAACAGCAAUACAUGCUUAAAGGUAAGUUUGGGUAAGUGGGAUUUUUUAAUACAAGCUACAAGCAGCACUUUCUCGUAAUUCUGUCUUUUUUAACAUCUUAAAUUAUUUUUUGUUUCAGUGUCAACAAUUAUUUAUAAGUUGCAAUCCUGCAUACAGUCAAAUCCAUAAUGCUACUCUGCUGAGAUCUGCUAUUUGUUAUAUCUCUGAUUUUAGCCCAAGAAUAGAAUUUUCACUAAAAAAAAUAGGAUAGUUUCCAAUUAACAGUUGUGGUAUAAUGAAAUAGCACUAACCAGAUGUAUUCAGAAAAAGAAUAUAGAUGUGUUGCAUUGAUAUAUGUAUAUGUGUAUGUGUAUGUGUGUGUGUGUGUGUGUGUGUGUGUAUAUAUAUAUAGAUGAAUAUAGAUACAGAAAAAAUAUAGAUAUGUGUCAACAUAUCUGAGAACCAAUAUUGUGUAUGUCAAUAUUUGAUACAUAGAUUAAUACACCAUUAUUUUUUUUAAAAAGUUAAAAAUCCUGUAAGGCUUCUUAUGUACCCUUCUAACAAAUACACACAUACACAUAUUUUAUAUGUGAGACACACCCUUUGCAACCGUUACCACUGCUUGGAAUAACAGGACUGGGAAAAAUAAUAUAAAUUGAGUUCCUAGAGUAUAUUGCUUGAAACAUAGCACUAUUUUAAUAAACUUUGGGUUGUGAUGGGAUGUGUUUAAUUAGAUCAUUUCAGAUUUUAAGCUUCAUAGAAAUCAGGUAGAAUGAAUUGUUUUAGAAGGCUUUGAAGUCAUAGAAGAAAUAGUAGAAGUUCCUUCUAUUAAA